AUGGGGAUUUCCCGGAGCAAACCGGCACGGGAGCCGGAGCCGGAGCCGAAGGAGGAGCCAAAGGUGAAGGUGGUGGUGCCGCCAAAGGUGAAGGUGGUGGUGCCGCCCCUCUUCGACCCGCCUCCCACCGCCGCCCGCACCAGGAUGCUGGUGCCAGAGUAUGAGCUAUGGUUCGGGAAGCCCUGGCUCCACCGCCUGUUUGAGGACUACUUCGAUCUGGCGGGGAGUGUGCAGGCAGGGCUCAUGCUGAAGAUGCUGGAAGAUCCUCAUGCCGAUCUGACUGCAACUGGUACUGUGUCACCAGCUGGUGGGAAGGCUCAGAUUCGUUGGCAGAGAGGUUUGGAUAAUCCAGAUAGCUUUGUGGACAUUCUCAUGUCGACUUCAAAACCCACUUUGAAGCUCAGAUCAAGCAUUUACUCAACUACGUAUGGUGUUGGCGCCUUUGCGGCAUUCCCUUUGGAUCUGGAGAAAAGUGCACGGUCAGAAGAUAAUGGUGUCGUGGGUUUGAGAUAUGGUUCCCAAAAUCUAUCAUUUGGGGCAUCUUUUGUGCCAUUUCUUUCAUCCAGUGAGCCACCCUCUGUGGUACCCUAUGGUGCAUGGCUGGUUGGAAGAUUAGGGGGUUUUAGUGCAGGGGCACAAUACAAGCCACUUAGUGAAAACAAACAUUCAUUGCCUAUUGAGGACUUGAAGAACUGGGAUUACGCAAUCAGUUACGAUGUGGGAUCAGCUAGCCCACUCAGCCCUUCAUUCAACUUUUCCCUAGAGCUUCUCAGAAGUACACAGCUGGUCGCAUCAUUCUAUCAGCACCAGGUUGCCCAAAGGGAGGAUAAAUGGCCGGAGACUCCUGAUCCCCCCAAAAUCACAAACUACAUUGAUUUUGGACUUGAACUGGCCACAAGGGUGGGCAAGGACAAACCAACCGAUGAUGCCGAGAAUUCCUCGUUUCAGAUAGCUGCAAACUGGCAGGCUAAUAAGAACUUUCUAGUAAAGGGGAAGUUGGGUCCCUCUAAAUCUUCGGUAGCUUUGGCAUUGAAGUCUUGGUGGAAGCCAUUGUUUACAUUUAGUGUCACAGCUGUAAAUGAUCAUUCGAAGGGUACAACAGCGUAUGGGUUUGGAAUUCAUGUUGAUGAUCUAAGAAACCCAGAUUCUGAAAGUCAUCUCCAAUCUUAGGAUUAUAUAUACCAUUUGGUUGUAUCCCUAUGCGUUACAUGCGCUCUGACAAAAAAAACAAGGAGAAUCAAAC